GGUGGAAGUCAAACUGUCACGCUUGUGUUUUCCUUUUUUUGUGUUGUUAUUGUUUCGGGUCCUUGGAUCAACCGAGUGCGGGGAGGAAAACGCGUCUCAUGGUUUGUGGUUUUCUCCACGCAUUGUGACAACAUCAUUGCGAUAGAGGGGCAGCUCGUUUAGGGAUCUCGCAGAGAACUCGGAGAUAUAAAAAGUAGGUGGAAAAUAGCCCGCCUUUCCUUUGUGUUGCCAUGGAAAAGCCUUGGCGGGUGGAGUUCAGAAACGUGGGCAGCAGCUACUUCCCUCAGAGCAGAGUUGAUUGCCACUACACACUUAGCUCUCACCACAACUGGGCCAGCAAUGACUGGAUAGGGCUCUUCAAGGUUGGAUGGUCGUCAGUCAAGGACUACCACACAUUUGUCUGGGCUCUGGUGCCGACUGACUAUCAAGAGGGCACCGAUGUCAACUGCUGUGUGCACUUCCAGGCCUCCUACCUACCCAAACCCAGCUCCCAGGAUUAUGAGUUUGCAUACAUUGAUGCAAAGGGGGAAGUGUUCUCCCGCAGCUCCACGUUCACUUUCUGCGCUCCCAAGCCUCUCGAGGAUCUGGUGACCCUUGAGGAGGAGCCCCAUGGAGAGGAAGGAAGCACGGGCAUGCUGCUGGUAGUGCCUAGAGCUGAACUGCUGCAGGGUCGACUGCAGGAAUGUCUCCGAGAGCGCGCUGAGCUGCUGCAGGCGCAGGAGGUCGCCAACAGGCGGAGGGAGAAAGAUCAGGAGGAGCACAAGAGGGCGAGGGAGGCCUGGGACAGGAGGCACAUGGCGCUGGAAAAGGAUGUCGCCAGGCUGCAGGAAGAGCUGAAGCAGAGUCGAGACAAGGUUGAGGGGAUGGAGAUGGAGCAGAAGGAGGUGCAGGCUUUUGGAGAAUCACUUGCCCAGGAGAAAAGUGCUUUAUUGGAUGCGAUCGAGGCGAGCAAAGUGCAAAUCAGCGAGCUGGAGGAGGAUAUCAAAACCAUGGCUCAGAGAAGUGUGGAAAGAGAGACCGAGUUGGAAAGGAUGAAAGAAAGAGCAAAGAGGGCCGGAGCUCAGAGAAAAGAAGAGGAAAACGACAGAAAGAGCCUGCAGACGAAGCUGGAACAGACAGAAGGUGAACUCCGAAGUCUGUCCAAGGAGUUUCAGGUCUUAAGGAAUUCACUGGCCCAGAGAGACACCAGUGUCCUGCAGCUGCAGAACAGCAUUACCACCCUCACCCAGAAACUCACCGCUGCCCACAGGAAGGAGGCGCAGACCGAGGCCACGCUGAAGGAGAUGCGGAGCCUGCGGGAGCGCCUGAACCUGACCGAGCGUGCCGCAGAGGCCCUGAAGAGUGAUCUGAGUGCCAUGGCGGCCCAGAGAGAUCAUGGCCAGGCCGAAAUGCACCAGGCUCGUCUGCAGGCCGCCCAACUCACUCUUCAGCUCGCAGAUUCCAGUCUGUCCAUGAGAGAGGGACGAGCCCGCUGGGCCCAGGAGAGGCAGAGCCUGCAGCGCGCCGCUGAGAAGGACCACGAGAGUCUUGAGAAACUCAGCACGGAGAUGCAGAGGACGGAAGAGAGGCUGCAAGAAGAGAGGAUGGAGAGAGUGAAGCUGGAGGUUGAGCUUGGGAGAGAAAGGGAUUGCAACCGGGUUCAGCUGAGUGAAACCCGCAGGGAGCUCCAGGAGCUGAAAGCCAACCUGAGGGUCGCCCAGAAAGAGACGGAGCAGCAGCUUGCAGAGAAACAGGAGUUGAUGGAGUACGUCUGUCAGCUGGAGCAGAAGAUGGAAACAGUGGUCGGUGCCAAGUGGAGCGCCGCCCCGCUUGCCUAUACAGACCUGCCCGCGAGCGUUUUGUCGGACUCCGAGGACGAGAACCCAGAGGCUUUGCAGCCCCUCCGCCCGCCGAGGCCUCUGGGACACUACGGCCUGUGCGAGCAGGGCCAGCCCGACUCCUUGCUCCCGGCCACCCCUCCCGCCUCCCCCAGGGAGGCGGAGAGGAGCGCGGUGGUCAUCAACCAGCCGGCCCCGCUCGCCUCGCCGCGCCAGGCCGACGCCGACGCGCAGGCGCACAGCUCCGACUCGGAGGAGGAAUCUGAAACACUCAAGUGUGGACGACGCAGCUCUGGGGAGGAAACGGCGCUUUUGCUGCCUGAACACAUGGACACUGUUCUCAGCGAUGUGUCGGAGACCUCGCUAUGGUAGCCCGCGGACGGCCCUUGACCAAUGGCCAGUGGUCAGAAGGAGGACAAAGGAGGACUUUCUCGGUGUUUGUGUGGUUCUACAAUACUUCCGCUAAGCACAUAUGCAGCUCACUCACUACACAGAGAAAAUGGUAAUAUGCAAUUGACAUCAUAUCUGCCGCGAACCCUGGAUUUUCCCUCUAACUGUCGUGUUGUUACUCCUCUGGCUAGCAAUGACACAGUGUCUCGUGGGGGCAGGUCGACACGAGACACGAGCAGAAUUAUUUUGGUUAAAUCAUUGCAAUGUCGAGAGCUUAACGAUGGAUGUUAUGUCGUUUUUCUUUUUUUUUUUACAACAUUUGUUUUUAGGAUUCAUGGCAGGCGCUGUAAUGACGAUGUUUUUUGCAGGCCCAGCUCCACUGGAAAUCAUGGCAAAACUCUCCAACAUCAAAUUCUCCACGGCAGAAUGAAGUAAUAAUGAUACAGCGUCAUACUCAAAUUAUAUAGCAGUAAUGUGGGUCUAUGACAUCAAAUUUCCCCUCCAUUUACUCACAAGUAAGAUUUGAUAUGCACUAUCUUGAAUGCAGGAGCACUUGAUUGCUGUCGUGCGGAUGCAGUUAAAUAGAUUUAGUGAUUCAGAGAUGCUCAAAGAAGGAAAAGCAUUUAAAAAAGAAAGCUUAUUGAACAGAUGUUGUGUUUGAAGUCUAUUAAAUACAUGCCAGAUGCAACUUCCUACUUCAGUACUUACAUAUAAUCAUUGUUAUAGUUAACGCUCAUGCUUUACACAAUAGGUCUGCUAUAGUCUUUAAUAUUUAAUGGAGUUACAAGCUGGCCAUUAGAAUAUUUAGUGUUACAAUUUCUUAUUUUGCAGAAACCUUACAUUCACGCAGUUAUACAUUUUGUGCCUAAAAUAAUUUAAAAUAGAGUCAUCUUCCAAAAAUCAUCUUUUAUAGAUCCUGACGCAUUGACACGUGUUGGUAUUUUCCCCGGGCCCUAUGGCAAUUUACUGCCUAAUAAAAACAGCUGCCUACCUUUUAAUCAAUACCGUAUGCAUUUUUCAUGAUUUUCUAUUCAUAAUUAACUUGAGUUAUACUGCAAUUAAAUUAUAUUCAGGUUUAGUUUGAAAGAGGUGUUUUUCACGCAGCCGUAUGUGCAAUGUAAGACAAAACUUUCCAUGCUUGGCUAAGAAAACGUGGAUGCUUGAUUUCAUCUUCUGUAUUUGCACCAUAUUUUUUACUAUAUAAGAGUUUUUAGAUUAAUGGUUUACGAAUGGAUACCUAAUAUGUCGCUUCAUCAUUAUCUUAAUCAUUACCAUUGUGUUUUUGUAUUUAUGUUAUCGACACGUUUUUACCCUUUGCUUUCGAAUACUCACUUUAAGAUUUCAUUUAUGAGAAAUUAAUAUACACAAUAUCGGUGGUUAUGAAAAGGGAAUGGUUCUGGCCCGUUGCGUUUGAGGUGAUCUGAAUAUUCAAGCAUGAGGACCAAGAUCAUGAAAGGAGUCAUUUGUCUCGUGUCGCCGGGUGUCCUGGGGUUGCAGUUCAUGUCGAUUCUCAUCGGGUGGAGGAGGGAACGUUGUGAGGAGCCUGGUAUUCUCUCUUAUAAAACACUACAUGUUUUCUCCAUAUUCCUUUUUUGUGGUUGUAAUCCAAUUUGAUGUGUUAGGGGUGUUGUGUUGUGUUUUCUGUGGUUCCGCUGAGAGAAAUUCGCCGGGACACCGUCUCCGGUUGCAAUAAAGCUCCAGUGGUUACCGUUUGUUUUGAGGUUUUUGGUGUGUGACGGUUAUCCCACAUGUUUUGUCUUACCAUUCAUGUAAUGGGAUUCGGGUGGGGUUCUGUAAUAAAAUCGUUUAUGUAUCCAUUA